UCAAAGCAUUUUUAUAUUUAUCUCGUUGCUGCUACUUGGUUCGGUUCCUCAUUAUUCUUAUCGACCCAACAAAUCAUCCCUCGUUUUGAAGGAAAGGUUGAAACUUCAAGCCCCCCCCCCUUCUUCUCCUCUCUCUGAUUUUUCUGGAUUUAUAGCUCAGAUUUCGCCUUUUGUACGAUUAUUCUUCUUCUUCCUCAUCAUCUCGUCGCCGGGUUUCAUCAAACGGGUUUGCCUCCCGACUCUUGAGUUUCGGUUCAUCUCUUACUGUUCGUCCGAUCGAAGCGUCUCCGACUAUCCGAGAUUCUCUUACUCGGUGUUUCAGUCUGAUUUCGCCGAGUUACCUCGUUUCAGAACUCGGGUUUUCUCUUGCACUCGGUCUCUGGACUCGUUUCAGGAAAUUGGGUUAUCACGAAUCGGUUCAAAGUUCAUUGGUAUCAAAACGAAUUCAUCACCAGAGUGCUUGGAUCAAGCUGCAUUGACGGGAAAGCUCGUUGCUUUUGCAUCUGGGUAUCUCAGUUCUUCGACCAGAAAUCCGAUUCGCGUAAUCUGAAUUGCUUGAUCACAUACCCAAAGCCCUCGUAGAUGAUUCGCGAAAUCUCCGGCGUACGAAAAGACACCAUAAACAUCCAAGAUCGUUGUUCGGGCACCAUAAUGGACGUACGAAGAGACAGCAACAGAAACAUCAGCUUCCGACCACCGCCGAUGGAGAAGACGGCGGCAAAGCACGAGAUCCGGGGAACAUUGUCGGCGCAGAACAGCCCGAGAAGGCUGAUUCCGGCGAGCUACUUCAGCCUGGAGUCUUUGGUUCUGCUGGUGGGUUUGACGGCGUCGCUGCUGAUUCUUCCGUUGAUUCUACCGCCGUUGCCUCCGCCGCCGUUUAUGCUACUUCUGGUUCCCAUUGGGAUUUUGGCUGUCCUCAUGAUCCUCGCCUUCAUGCCUUCUUCUAACGCCAAAGCUGCAACUUUCUCCUAUCUGUAAAAAAAAAGGGGUCUGAUCUUGUUUAGGGUUUUUUAACUAAAAAAAAAAUGAAGUAUUUUUGCUCAUACAUACAUACAUUCAUACAUACAUACAUACGUACGUUACUGUUUUCUAUCAUAAAAUAUAAAAAAAUAACGGAAUUAAUCCAUUUGGUAAAGUAAUUGUGUCAUUCCUCAUCCUUGUAUAAUUUUCUGAUAUAAACUACGAUAAUAUCCACUAUAAAUUGAAUU